AAGACGCCGCCGGAGACUCGGUCGGAGGGAGCGAGAGGAAGGAAGGAAGGAAGGAAGGGAAGAGAAGAGAAGAAGGAAAGUGGAGCACACCGAGACAACACUCGUACUCCGGUUACACAAGCGGGCCCGAACAGCUUCCCGUCAUGUCGAAGAAUCAGGAAAGUGGCCCUGUGAAGAUCAGCAAGAGCCAGGCCAGCGACCUGGCUCUCGUCAUCUCUCGCAUGCAGACCAAUGCAGACCGAGUCGAGAAAGACAUCCUGAGUGCGGAGGAGUUGCUGGUUGUGGAUGCCAAGCGCGAGGGGAAGAACCAGGCUCUGAUCCACCAGAAGGAAAACUCAGACAAACUGGCGGAGGCCGAAGGUCUGCUGAAGGAUCUCUUCAUGGACGUGGACAAGACCAAGCGCCUGCAGCACCCGCAGGCCAACGAGAUCGAGCGCGAUGUGAAGAACCUUCACGACCGCUGGGUGAAGGACUGCGCCACCUACAGGGAACUGUAUGAGCAGGUGCAAGACUUGGCGCCCAAGUCGAGGAUCGACUGGGGUCCCGCGCUGGAUGAGAAACAGAGGCGUUUAGACGCCGAAGGCUACGGUCCGAGUCUUUCCGACAUCGAGAAACAGAUCGCGGCUCAUAACAUCCUGCAUCAAGAGAUCGAGGCCUACAGUGAGCAGCUGACGCCCAGCACAACCUCGUCACAGGGCCAAUAUGCCAGCCUUAAAGAGAAGUACAAUCAACUGUUGGAGACCUCCCGAAAAAGGCGCAAGCACCUGGCAUCGCUCUACGACUACAUGCAAAGCUGCCGAAAAGAGUUGGACUACCUGUCUCAGCAGAAGAACAGGAUCCUGCAGAGAGACUGGAGCGAUCGAAUGGUUGACCCGCCCAGCGUUCGCAUGGAGUAUGAGAAAUUCAAAAGCAACGGGCUGCUGUCACACGAGGGGGAGAUCAACCAGCUCCUGGAGGAAGGCGAUCGUCUGUCCAACAUGAACCAUCCUGGCGACUCGGCAAUCACGGCACACAAAGAGGCGGUGCAGAGCGGGUGGCAGUCGUUCCUCAACCUGUGUCUGGCGCAGGAAAUCCACCUGGACAACGUUGAAGACUACAAGAAAUUCCAGCUCGAUGCCGAGACCUUGUCCGAGUCCCUGGACAGACUCGCUUCCAAUCUGGACCCAAGGUUAUUGGAGGGCAAGAGCAACUCGGAGGCCCUCUUGGAACUUCAGGGAGACGAGCCAGCGAUCAAGAGGAACGAGCAGCGGCUGGCGGCCCUCAGAGAGCUCAGUCGCAACAUAGCGCCUCUGAAGCUACGUCGAAGCAAUCCCACCACCCCCAUGAAAGUCGUGGCUCUGUGCGACUGGAAUGAUGAAAACGGAGCUGUGAGGCGUGGUGAUGAGCUGACACUGAAGUCCAUCUACGAUCACGAGACGUGGGAGCUGCAGGAUAGCGGCAAGAAAAGCAAAAGGCUCCCGGGGGCGUGUUUCAUGUUGCCGCCACCUGACACCGAGGCUCUGGAGAAAGUAAACAGGUUUGAGAAAACGCUGUUAAAUUUGAAGAGCCAGAGAUCGGCGACAAUGACAUCACUGAAGACGAGCACCGUGGAGGUCGAUCGCCCUCAGCGUGCAGUUUCCGUACAAAGAGCUCCGGAGGAUUCCAAAGCGGCACUCCUGGCCAGACAAAUCGAUGAUCUGAACCACAAUCUGGAUCUUUGCAAAAUGGACAUGCAGAAACGACAGAGGGCCCCCGUGGACAACCGCAACCCAUCACUCGACCUGGAAAACAGGCUGCAGGAUCUCAAGAAAUCGUCCCUGAUGGCGAGGAACCUCGAGUCGGAGAAGGCCGCCGUCCAGAGAGAAAUGGAAGCCCUCGUGGCCAAGAAAGCGCUCGGAGCCAAUGCCUCAAUCUUGCCGCUCAAACUCGCCGCUGCCAACGCCAAAAUGGAUGACAUCUCCACUCUUCUUGAUCUUUAUGACAAAAAGGCUUCGGCCUCCAUGUUCUUGGAGAGGCAGAUGCAGAAGGUGGAAGGGGUCGUCUCCGGCUUCGAACAGCAGCUUGCGAAAGACGGCGUCAUUCCCAAUCAAAAAAACGCCCUGCUGAGUCGCAGCCGUCAGCUGCAGGACAUUCGGCAGGAGGUUUCCUCAAAGAAGGAUGAGUUGAACACGUUAGGCAGAGACUUGGACCUGACCAAGCAAGCGUGCGGCUCCCUGCAGCAGAAUUUCAACGAAUACUGCCCCGACAUUCGCCGCCAGGAGAGCCAAGUGAAACAUCUGAAGAACCGCUUCACCAGUGUCACCAAUCAGCUGCAGGACAGGUCAACCCUCAUCCAGGAAGCCAGCAAUAAAAACCAAGACUUCCAGAAUGCCGCUCAGUCUCUGGACUUCUUUUUGGUCAAUUUACCAAAUAACAGCAUCGGACCUCGCGAUAACGUGGCCGAGAUAACAGCCAAGCACAACUCUCAGAAGAGACUGCUGGACGACAUUAACAGAAAGUCAGGUGACAUGCGGCGGAUCAAGGAUCUCUCCCGAGAACUUCAAAGCACCCUCAUUGAAUACGAGACGAAAUCAAACACCUAUCGCGGCAUUAUAUAUGGAGAUGAUGAUGAUGACGAUGACGAUGAGGACGAAGACUACGAACCCGUUCUGAAAAAGCGCCAAACUUCAACGAUGGCUCAGGCGGUGCAGAGGAAGGAAAAGGAUUUACUGAACCGUUUCGCUGAGGUGUCUGCGGAGAACGAGCAGCUUCUCAGCCAGAUGGGGACCGCCAAGAACAUCGUUCUCAGGAACGAAGACCAAGUCAGCAGCGUGGUCGUCAGUCAGCAGAUGCUACUCCAGAGUCAGAGGAACGACGCCGAAGAGGCCGAGACCAUCGGCAAAGAACUGAAUGAGGAAAAGGCUCGGCGCUUACAUGCCGAGAAGGACUUGGAAACAUACAGGCAGAGAUACUUGUCCUUGAAGAGCAGGAGAGGAGUGGAGAGGCUGGAGGAGAAGGAGGUGGUGCAGUAUUACCGCGAUCCCAAAUUGGAAGCCGAACUACAGUCUCUGAAAAGCAGGAUUCAAGAUGAAGGAUACAAGAGGUCGCAAACCCAUUCGGAUAUCGACAUGCUCAAUGAGAAAAUCCUCAAAAUGGAAAAGCAGCUCUUUGGCGUUGAACCGAAACUGGUGAACAAAGUGGUCACCGAAUAUGAGAGAGACCCGCAGCUUGAUCAAGAUAUGGAGCGGAUCCGGAACGAGAUGCAGAAGAUACGAGUGGAGAUCCAGACGAAAGAGUCGGAGAUCGUUCGUCUGAAAAAGGAGCUGAGUCUCCUGGCGCAGCAGAAACCCAAAUUCAAAGAGAGGCUUGUGAAGAAGGACGUGGUCAGGCUCGAAAAGGAUCCCGAGAUGAUAAAAGCGGUUUUCACGUUCAAGAAGGAAAUUGCAACAGAGGAAGCCCAAUGUCUGACCAUCAACAACACUAUUUUCACCGUUCGGAGCAAGAUCAACACGCUGGAGCGGAUCAUACCCACCGUUGAACCCAAAAUUGUCACCAAGAUGGUGAAGCAAGUCCAACAAGAUCCGGAACUGGUCAGCGAGUCAAAGAAACUGCGCAUGGCUUUGGAAGAGGAGAAAGACGAGAACGUUAUCUUACUGAAGGACCUCACCACGCUUCAGCUGCGAUACGGCGAGGUGGAGAAACUGCGGCCUAAAUUUGAGGUCAAAGAGGUGAUCAAUGAGAUUUUCCAAAUUGACCCCGAGACCGAAGUCCACCUGCAGCGUCUGAGGACCGAGCUGCAGGAGUGCGGCCGAAAACGCACAGCGAUAGAGAAACAAACCGACGUGGUGAUGACCUCGCUGACCACGCUGCGGACCCAAAAGCCCAAAAUCGAGUACAAGGAAGUCAACCAGGAGGUGAUCAAGGAAGAGAAAAGUCCCGAGGUCUUGAGAGAGUUACAGCGGCUCAACAACCAAGUGUCGCGUCUUAAGGUCAACUAUGACACCACCCUCGAGCUGCUGACGCACCUGCGCAAAGAAAGAGACGAGUUGAAAGCUGAAAAAUCCAAAGUGGAGACCAAGCUCGUGAGCAAAGAGGUUAUCAAAUACGAGAACGACCCCCUGGUGGAAAAAGAGGUGAACAGACUCCGGAGGACGGUCAGAGAAGAGACCCAACAACGGCGCAGCGUGGAGGAAUGCCUCUUUGACCUUCAGAACCAAUACAUUGUCCUUGAGCGCCAGAAGCCAGAGGAGAAGACGGUGGUACAGGAAGUGGUGCGUCUUCAGAAGGACCCCAAGCAGAUUUUGGAGCACGAGAGGUUAAACAAGGCCCUCGACGACGAGGUCAAAGCCCGCCGGAAACUGGAAAUCGAAGUGAGACAGCUGAGAGCCCUGAUUCAAGAAAAACAGAACACCGUCGCUCAGAUGGACGAACGGCAGAAGAAAAUCCAGAUCGAGUCAGAGCUGCGACAGAUCAAAGCCCAGAUUCACGAGCUCGAGCAUUCUCCCAAACCCGUUGAGGAAAAGAUCGUCAUCGAGGAAGUCCUGAAAGUGGAGCGGGACCCAAAGCUCGAGAAACUCAUGGACGAGAUACGCGUUGGAAUGGAAGGGGAGGCGAACCAACUCGUUCGUCUCCAGAGAGAAAUCAGCACCCUGAAGAUGACGUUGGAAAUCCUGGAAAAAGAAAAGACCACCGAAAAGAUUGUUUACAGAGAAGUGGUGCGAGUAGAGAAGGACCCGGCGGUGGAAGCCGAGAGAGACCAUUUGCGGGAUCUCGUCGCACAGGAGAGAAAUAUGAGGCGUGACAAAGAAGAGAACCUUCAAAGCUUUAGAGUGAAAAUGUCCCACCUGGAGACGUCCAUAUCCAUCAUUUCCAAAGAGGAGACGACUCUGGUUUUCAACAGGAGCAGCCUGCAGAGGGAGAAGGAAGACCUCCUCAAACAGCUCAAACUGCUCGAGACUCAAAGGCAGAACAUCAGCGUCACCUUCCAGCAACAGUCCAAGCUGAUGAGCGAGAGAAACCAGAUAGCGAAGCAGCGGAGUCUCAAGGCCUCCUCCGAUAUGCAGCGGCUCGAGAAUGAGAUCCUCAACGAAAAACACAAACACCACCAAAUGGAGGCGCUCCUCAUGGAGCUGAAAGAAGCCUUCAGGAACGAAGAUCAAGCUGAAACUCACACGAGGGAGACCAACCUCUCCACCAGGAUCACCAUCAUGGAUCCCGAUACCGGCCAAGACCUGGCUCCUUACGACGCCUACCUCAAAGGGCUGAUCGACCGCAAUCAGUACAUCCACCUGUCGGAACUGGAGUGCGAUUGGGAAGAAAUCACAUCCACCGGUCCCGACGGCGACUCGACAAUUUUGCAGGAUCGGAAGAGCGGCAUGCAGUACGCCGUCAAAGACGCCCUGAGAGAUGGCCGCUUGACCCAGUAUGACGUGAUGCGCUACAAGGAUGGCAAAAUGCCCAUUUCCGAGUUUGCUCUUCUUGUGGCGGGGGAAGCUCGAAGACCUUUUGUUCCCCCGGUUACAAGCCCCAGAUCCCCCAUUAAAUCCAUCCCAAGUUCUCCCUUAAACUCCACGCCGAGUUCCGUGAUAUCCCCCCGCGCCAGUCUCUACAGCGACAGCACGGACAACGUCUUUGCGUUGGGUGACGAGCAGUUCCCGAUCUCCGGUAUUUUCGACACGACCACGGAGAGCCGCAUGUCUGUGAGAAGCGCCUUGACCCGUAAGCUCAUCGACGCCGACACGGCCCUGAAGCUGCUGGAAGCGCAGGCGGCCUCCGGCGGAAUUAUCGAUCUCAACAAGAAGGACAAACUGUCGGUCCACAAAGCGGCUGAACAGGGCCUCAUCGACAACGCUCACAUGUACAAACUUCUGAAUGCUCAGAAGGCCUUCACCGGGAUUGAGGAUCCCCUGACCAAAGAGCGUCUCUCGGUGGGAAAAGCAGCACAAAAAGGCUACCUACCCUCCGAAAACGCCCGGUGGUAUAUUGAGGUGCAAUACCUGACCGGGGGGUUGGUGGAUCCCACGAAAGCCGGCCGCAUCACCCUCCAAGAAGCCGAAGCGUCCAACGUGAUCGACGGCAAGACAGCCGAAGAGCUGAGGAAAGAGUCGUCCUACCCAAAGGUUUUGGUUGACCCCAUCAGCAAAGACAAAAUCUCGUACAAGCAAGCGUUGGAUAAGUGCAAGGUUGACAAGAUCACGGGACUCUUGCUCCUUCCCGCGGCCUCGGGUGAUGAAACAGAUUCACCGUCAUACUCCAAAUUUCGGUUUAGUUCUUCUAACAGCAGAAUCUAGAUUGUGAGUUUCAAGAGGAGUGAAAUGUUUGACGCAGCCUCUGGUGCUAGAGGGUUCAUGGUACGAGUCACAAAGAAAUGACAUAAAUACACUGAUAUUUAUAACCCCGCUGUGGAUCUCGUUUGAAUACAAAAUAUGAUUUGGGGAUUUGCUGUAAAAAUCAGGGUCAUGAUUGUUGUUCCAUUCAGCAUUCUGAGGUCAAAUCCAAGAAUCCACACAUCAUGCAUUGGUUUUUACAGACCUGUUUUUUUAAAGCAAUACUCUAUGUAUUUUCAAAAUAUAUGUAUGUCUACUGCAUAAAUGUGAAUCAUACUUUAUAUACAUAAUAAAUGACAACCUUCAUGA